AUGCCUUCACAUGCAUGGGGUCGGCGGUCAUCAGUCCAGUUUACGAUGUUGUUCUCGUCCAUGGGAGGGGAGGAGGUUGAAAAGACAAUAAAUCGUCUGAAUGUGGAAGGUGUUAGAUAUGGUAUGGUAUUUUUGGAUAUACAGAUGUUCGACUGGCCUAAUGACAAGGAAGAAAACCGUAAGGCUAUUGAUGCGAUGGGUCAGAAACUAGAUGAGAUGGGUGUGGAUUGGGGAAUUUACACCAGCAAACCUAAUUGGAAUGGUGUUGUUGGAAACUGGGAUAAGUGGAAGCAUAAAAAUCUGUGGUGGUCUUAUUGGGGUAACAAUGAUGGAAAACGAGUGAAUCGUUUUUAG